UCGAUGUAAAUUUAGAUACAAAAACAUUUUCUUUAAACAUAUUUAUCCCUUAAUCUUGUUCGCAAAUAGUUAUUGUUGCGUCAAACUCAAUUACUUUGCUAAUUACGAAGAUUUAAUUAGACUCAGCGAGAAGUAAAAGAGAUGCCUGUGCAAACUGUGAGCAGAUGCGAGCUAUGCAAUCGCGCUAUACAAUUUUUCGCAAGUUCUUCAGCUGUGAUGCAGCCUACGAUUCAACAAGCACCUUGCGCACCUUGUCCUGCAUUUCUACAGCUUCUUAGAGGAUCGGCGUGUUGUACAGGGUUGGUAUCAUGCUGCAUUCAUAAAUGAUUAGCACAAUUGACGUUACCAAAGGAACUUCCACGAAAUUUCAUAUUACGUAUAUGUAAAAAUAUUAUUUCUUCGAUGAACGAAUGAAAUAUAUUUUAAUAAUUUUUGUCGUGAUUAGUUGUAGGUGUGUCACAGGUAUAAUUCAAGUAUCGCAGCAAAGCCAACAGCAGCAAACGCAGCGAGUAGAGCAAUCGAAGCAAGAUAAGGAAACGGUAAAGGAACAAACGGACAGAGUGCAAUCGGUGGAGAAGAAAUCCUACGAUAUGUUGACGAGUGAGAAAGCUCGCCUAAAUCAGAUUGCGAGUACAGGAGUUAAUUUGACAGCAAACGCGUGAUUUUUCUUAGUUCUAACAGUAUAAUCAUCUUCCAAUAUUAUAAAACAUUUUAAAUUAUGGUAAAUAUACGGAUAAAACGUAGAAAAGUGAUUAUUUCUUCGGUAAACAAGAACAAACGAGAAAAACGCAACGUUCUAUUGUGCCACAGAAAAUGCUUCGGCUAUAUAUUGGAUAUAGAAAAAAUUCCACGUAUUUCCUUUUAGUUUUAUACUCCUCCCUCAUCUUUCUUACAUCGGCGUAUCUAUAGUGCUGCAAUUUAAUCUCUUAAAUUAAUCACUAGACGUUCCCUUUUUCGAAGGCACACAACACGAAGCGCAAGAUCCGGAUUUAAGAGAAGUCUCGAAAACGAAAAUCACGAAAUUCACUCUCGGUUCUUACUGCGUGACGCCGAAAACUCACACAUCGUGCCAAACUGUCUCGAAAGCGACGAAGAAAGGUGAAUUAGAAGAAGUGAAGAAGGUAAAGGUAAAUGCAAUGAGAAAGGAGAAGGAGGCGAAGAACAAGAAAAAUGAGAAAGAUGAGAAGAAAGAGAAACCAACGAGUAGGACGAACAAGUCGAAAUCUCCACAGAAGACAAAGUUAAAUAAAGAUGUGGAACCUUCUACGGACAAACCAGAGAAAUCUUUCAAGGAAACAGAUUUCAUAUCUAAAAACCCAACGGUAUCCCCCACGUUAGAAACAUUAGAUUCUGUUUUGGAAGCUACAGACAGCCAAUUGGAAAAUAUCCAUAAGUUGAAUCCUGUAGCAUCGAAGGUGUUAAUUCCCCCACCACGCCAGGUAGCAGAAAUGAUAAAUCGUUUGCAAGAAAUCGAGAAUCAACCGAGAACGAAACCAGAGAAUCCAUCGAUAUUUGAAGAUAAUGAAAAAAACGAAAAACAAACGGAAAACAACGGAAAGAGUACUCUUACUGAAGAUUCGAUCAACAUGGACGAAGUGUUAAACCAUACAGUAUAUCUGAAUUCGAAAGAAAAUGUAAAAAAGACUAAAGUUUCUGAUGAUCGAUUGAAGAACGAUAAAUCAACUGUAGAACAGGCAUUGGAAACUGAUUCAGAAUCUCAAUCUCAAGCGGAAACACAAACAACUCAUACAGAAAUGACCAAUUCAGCUACCAGAAUGAAAAGAAUGCAUGGGUUCCGAAAAAACAACAAAGUUGAACCUACUAAACUGUCAUACACUGAGGUCGAUAUCCAAACUCCUGAUUAUAGUGGGAAUUCUAACCCCAGGAAGAUAGAGACAGCAGAGGAACUUGUCGAAGAGAAACAGAUCAAUCCUGAACGAAAAGUUAUAAAUAUUUGUCCAGUUUGCAACAGGACACAGGUACCUGUAUCGCCUAGUUCCUUACAGUAUUAUACUGCUCAUAGAGACAAACAAGGACGAUUCUACUGUGAAUAUUGCGCGACUCCAAAUACGAUAAAGGGAUUAUGUAAAGGUGAGCAAAAACGUUUAAAAUGCACUGGAUGUGGCGAGUAUCUACGUACUAAGAGCAGUCAGGUAAGAAGUUCAGUUUUGUUGCAUAGAACUUAUUUAGUAAUUUACGCUACGCUUAUUUUUAUUUUCAGAGCACUCGAAAUAAAUCUGACAAUUGUCCACGAUGUGCUUCAAUACCAAGACCUGCACAAUCAAGUGUGCCAGCAUAAUUUUCUCAAAAAAAAAGAGAGAAAAACAGAUAAAAUGUGUUCUUAGAU